AUUGGUAGUGGAAAGUCAUAUGCACAGCAGUUUGUUUCCCAACUUGUUGACCAUUACAUUUUCAUUCCAGAUGAUUCUAAUUUGCACAAACAUCUAUUACCUUUGGCUGAUGAAGUUCCUGAAUUUGUUUCGUAUUUCGUUGCUUAUUCGGUCACAAGAGAUUCGCUGCGACAUUCACUUUUUUUGGUUCUGAAUCAUUGGUUAACUGGUCGGCGUGGUGACCUCAUCAUGGCAUUUAUCAAAGAAACUCCAAUUGUUACGAAGCAUUUCGCUUCUGUGACGUUUCCAUUUAUGGUUGUUCAUGAUUGCUCUGUUGGUGGUGUCUAUAGAAAUCCAUUACAUGGUUUUACAGUAAUGCUUUACUCUGAUUGGAAAAUUUCCCCCUCAUUGGAGUUGAGACCGGCUCUGGAGAUUCUAUCAAAAGCCGCUGAUUGCUCAGUCUUCGACAAAAAUGUUCUAUGCUAUCAUAUUCAUCUCGCGAAGUUAUCUCAUAUUCUCACACAGAAAGAUCUUUUGGACAUUUUGGAAAAUCCGAAUUCAAGUGUAUUCUUCAAAUCGCUGAAAGAUGAACUUCUAAAAGUUUAA